GAUCGCGCGUGCCGCGGCCCAGGUCAGAAAUCGUAAUUGUCAACAAAAAUGGUGUGUCAUGGCAGGCAGCCAGACGGCGUAAUGUGUUUAUUGGAUAACAACAAGAAUGCCAAUACAGGCUCCACAGUGGACUGAGUUUCUUACCUGUCCUGUGUGCUGUAAUGAAUUCGAUGGGAGCCAGAGGACUCCCAUUAGUCUAGCAUGUGCACACACCGUCUGCAAAACAUGCCUAGCCAAUCUCCAUAAAAAACAGUGCCCAUUCGAUCAGGCUGCCAUCAAGACAGAAGUGGGUGGACUGCCUGUCAAUGGAGCACUGUUGCAGUUAGUGGGGAAUGGAAACAACCAAGAAGAUGAAACUACUCCACCGUGUCUUUCCUCUCUACCGCCUGAUGAAUUAGAAGCGUACUUUAAGGCCAAAAGGGCUGUCGAGGAAUUGGCUCUGUACCUUAAACCAAUCACUUCAGGAUGUGGCGUGUCGGGUGGUGUUGUAUCGAGAUCAAUGCAGAGAAAGCUUGUUAUGUUGGUAAAUUGCCAAUUAGCAGAGGAAGAAGGACGUUCGAGAGCGAUGCGAGCGGCUCGUUCUUUAGGCGACAGGACGGUAACAGAGUUAAUCUUACACCAUCAAAAUCCUCAACACUUGUCGGCGAAUCUUUGGGCGGCGGUGAGAGCUCGCGGUUGCCAAUUUCUUGGCCCUGCUAUGCAAGAAGAAUUGUUGAAGCUGGUACUUUUAGCUUUAGAGGAUGGCACGGCACUUUCAAGAAAAGUUUUGGUAAUGUUUGUAGUUCAACGGCUAGAACCUCAUUUUCCACAGGCAUCAAAAACUAGUAUUGGCCAUGUUGUUCAACUAUUAUACCGUGCAUCUUGCUUCAAAGUUUCAAAACGUGAAGGGGAUUCAUCAUUGAUGCAACUUAAAGAGGAGUUUCGAGGUUAUGAAGCUCUGAGAAGGGAGCAUGAUGCCCAAAUUGCUCAGAUUGCGACUGAAGCGGGUCUGAGAAUUGCUCCUGAUCAGUGGUCAGCUCUUUUGUACGGUGACACAGCCCACAAAAGUCACAUGCAAUCAAUAAUGGAUAAACUUCAAAGCCCUCAGUCCUUUGCCCAGAGCGUCCAAGAGCUGGUUAUCGCCCUGCAGAGGACAUCUGACCCCGGCAACUUGUCAAGCCUCAGGCCUCACCUGGAACUUUUGGCAGGGAUAGACCCCACUCCAGAAAUCAUAUCGUACAGCAUGAAAGAGCUGGCCCAAGGGCUAGAAGCUUGCCGAAUUGUAGUGGCAGGCCUGGUCGAGUUUAUGAGAGUUCAUGGGGCGAACAAAGGCGGUAUUACGAGUGGCAGCCCAUCCCAGAACGAACAUACAAAGUAUAAGGUCAGCCUUUGUAGAGAUUUGAUCAUCAGGGGCACUUGUCCCAGAGGCCCAACAUGCACGUUUGCACAUUCUGGAGAUGAAUUGGAAAAAUUUAGAGCCAAAAAUCGAAAGCCGAGUCGGAGCUCGGUUGUAAAAGAAGAAGAGUUGCCUCAACACGAAGACAUUGUUUUUUGCAAUGAAGGAACUAGUGAUUACAAUCCUUAUCCUGUAGUUACAAACAAUACUGCAUACAAUGCUAAUCACUUACCUUACCAAGCGACAACGGCUCCGACACCUUAUCCUCAAGAAAUUUACGGAUCACCGACCCAUAAUGUAAUCUUGGCCCAACCCCCUUAUCCCGAUUACUCGACAGUUCAGGUCGUACCUGCCCAGGAACUGAACAGAGUACACCCAAAACAAGUCUGGAGGGCACAGGUCCACAAUUCCAAGAGAGUGGCGUCUAGUUUGGCAGUGCUCCAUCAUCGUAAGCAAGAACUUCUCAACAAGUUGGAAAGAGUUGUAGCUCAGUGUAACAACAACCCAAUAAGAAAUGAUAAUCAAGUGACGCCGAAUUAUUCUGUUUGGAGCACAGGAAAUAAACACCAUUCGGUCAUGGACUCGCAAGUGAACUUACCUCCUCGACGCCCAAUUCUAUACCGAUCCGAUUCCCUUCUCGCCGACGAGGAAUUCAUACCUUUUGACCCUCCAGUCGUCAGUAAAUUUGGCCCGAUUUCCCGCGACGGUACCAAAUUUGCUAACUCGACAAACUUCCCCGACUCCAGGACCCCUUAUACAUGGGUUUUCAACACUACUCAUGGAGGAUAUCCGACUCACGUUAUGCAACCUGGAAGAGAAGGUUUUAUCGCAGUCCCUCCUGGAGUCAUUGAUUCCUCACACAUUGUUCACCAGCCACAGGUUCUAAAACAAGACGUAUCUCAGUCCAAAGACUUUCUGGCUGAAUCUCAAAAAAUGAAACAGCAGCUGAGAACCCUGGAAAAGAAAAUCAACGAUUUAGAGUUGGCAACUGAACUUGCUGCAUUUACUGAAGGGAAAAAACUCAGCCAAGAACUUCAAUUGAUCGAACAAGGGAUAAGGGAAAAAGAAAAACAACUCAGACCAAAUCAAAUCGGAAGCGGAACCACACAGGCUUUGAAUGGGGAGCCUUGGAGUGGAUGCAGAAACGAAGAGUUUUUAACCCAAGAAGAUUCAUACGAAGCAGGUAUCGCUAACGAUAUAAGGGAGUUGGAAUUAAGAUGGGAAUACGAAUUGGAGGAACAAGAGAAAAGGUGGUCCAGCGAAGAAGAAUCGUCAAAGAAAUAACUUCAUAUUUAUAUUUUCCAAAUUAAUAUCAAAUAUUUUAUGAAUUAGCCGUAAGUGCCAUAGCUAAACUAUUAAUACCGCUUUAGAGUAUGAAUUUACAUCAACGUUGGAAAUUUUACCAUAGCUACAGUCGAUUGGAACAAGAAAUAACCAGCAUCUGGCGUAAAGGGACUUUAUUUAACAUUGUCAUAGUUGUAGGACCUUUUAAUGUUAUAAAACCCUUAAAAUUUCAAAUAACCCUUUGAAGUUGAAUACUGUGGAAAAUUUGUGUCAACCCCUUGAUAUUUGUAACGUUUAAAAAUGCAUCUAAUCAACUUCAUAAACAUUUUAAUACCACCAUUUGGAGAAACAUUCAGUGAUAACUGUGGAAUAAGAGUGAUUUUUGUGAUUUUUGCAAACACUUUUUACUAUAUGACAGUUAAAUUUGGCUAUUUAUUUGUUUUUAUAUUUAAGAAGGCAACAAUGAAAAACAAAGUGUUUAAUUUUUUUUUUCUCUCUCUAGUCGUUUUGUGCUUAUUAACCUAGUCUUGUUGAUUUUCAAAUAAUUUUAUAUAAUGUGACUUCACUUUUGAAGUGUUCAACGUCUUUUUCUUCCCUUACGCAUUUUUUUUUUUUUUAAAUAGUUAUUAUUGUUUUAAAUAAUAAUUAAACUUAUACCGAUUUAUGCAAGAAACUUGUGUGAUAAAAAUUGGUUGUGUUGUCAAAAAUAUUUUGGUUUUCGUUGUUGCUUGCUUAUUUUUUUAAAAUUUUUUGUUUUGUUUAUGAUAGUGACUUAAAAGGAAAGAAACGUGAAUAUAUAUUUUGAGAGUAAGUAUAUCUAUGGUGUAAAUGAUAAACAUGCAACUUAGCUACUUUUACAGAUAGAGUUUACCUUAAUUGUAGUAUACUAUAUUUUUUUAUCAUAUGUAUUGUAUUUGAUACAUAAUAUCUGUUAGUUUUAUCUUUAGCGUAUAAAGAUAUUUUGUGUGUACCCUUGGAAAACCUUAAGCAAUAUAUGACUGAAAUCACAAUCAAAUAGAACGACAAAAUCCGAAGGCACUUUAUUCUUUUCACCUCAGGAAAAUAAGAAAAAUUAAUUUAAAAAAAAAAGUGCCAAUUUAUCUCGCAUCUCUUUAAAAUUUUUAAAUCUAUUUAGAUUUUUAUUCAGUAGCGUUUUGCGAAUUUACAAAAUUAAAACAAAAAAUCGAAUAAAAUUUUCGCCUUCGUUUUAUGUAUUAUUAUUGUUUGUGUUUAAAUGGAUUUUUAAUUUAUUAAAUUAAUUUUAUUAUAGUGCCUGUAAAGAAAAAUUGAGAAGAAAAAAAAGGAAAACCUAUUUUCACUUCUAUUUUAUACAACUAUUUAAAAUCUUUGUGUAGUGAUCAAUGUAGCUUAGUGUAUUUUAUUAGGUUCAUUGCCUCUCUUCAUAAAAUGCAUAUAAUAUUAGAAAUCAUAAAUGAAAUCCCCUUAUAGAUUGAAGGGAGGGAUGAAAUUGUACGCAAUUAUUGUUAUGUAAUUAUAUAUAUAUACAUAUAUAUAUCAGUGAAAAAAAGAGUGAUAUUGUUUUUAAAGUCUAGGAGGUAAGGGCGUCUGUACGGUUAAAGUUGUAAGGUAUUUUAUAUAUCUUGAAAAAUAGAAAGAGAAUAUUGAGAGACGUUUGUGUUUUCUGUGAAGGCACAACUCUUGAACUGAAUUAUGUAAAUUGGACAGAUUUUUAUCAUUGCAUGUUAGACAUGUUCUGUUAGUUAAGUUCUUUUAUUUGGACUUGUGUUGCUAAAAUCAUAGGCUCCGUUUUUGUGAGUAACGACUUAUUUUAUGUUGAAGUUUUUUUUUCUCUCUCUUUUUUGUUGUACUUUUAUUUUGUUAUGAAUAGAAGAUAAAAGGUUUGAACUGUGCAAUGAGGUAAGAAUUCGACUUUGUAACUUCCCUAAAAUGAAAUUUUUUUUCUGAAUGACAAAAAUAUUGAUAACUUCAUAUUGUCGGUUUUUAAAAUGCUAAAUGUUAUGUGCGUUUAAAAACCGUUUGGUUGUAUUUUUUUUUUCUUUUGUUUUGUGUGUAAGUGUUAAACAUAAGUUCAAGACGACUGCAAAAAUUGUUUUUAAAAUUUUUUUAGGAUUGUGUAAUUUAUAAAACGGAUAGAAUUAUGUUACGAGAUACUUAAUUUUUUUUAAAAUUUCAUUUAAAUAAGCUGAAUAUCACUUAUUGAUGUAUCUAUAACGAAUCUUUAUGGAAAGUUGAAGUAAACAUUUCUUUGUUUAAAAUGCACGAUUUGAUGUUACAAAACAGAAUUGCCGAAAUUUCUUUUUAAUUAACAUAAUGAAGUUAAUAUGAAAAUAGAAGUAGUUGAUAGAAUAGUUUAGUCGAAUCUAUUAUCAUGUUGCACAUGUAAUAAUUAUGAUUAUAUUAAUCACUUAUGUAAUAUUGGUGAAUAGGGGAAAGUAAAAAUAAGAUAAUUUAAAAAAAAACUUAUUUUAUUGUAUGAAAGGAAACAUUGUUUGUCAAUGGUUAUUAUUUUAACACUUUCAAAAAUGGACUGAUAAACUGUUAUUGUGCUUAUCAGAUUGA